GCUCCUGCAGCAGAGAGGGGACGCGCGGAGGAGCAUCAUUACAGCGCGGCAGUCAGAGCCGAGUGGAGGGAAGGACGCGCUCUCUCUCCUCAGCCAGCUGGACCUCCACACACAACAGACCCACGGAAACACACCAUCACGAGGACACGUGAGCCUCUGCUGAAGGUUUGUACGAGUCCGGGAUUGUGGAGAGGAACGUUGUGUGUUGGUGAUUGUUUGGAAACUAAAAAAAUGCACUCUGCUGGAGACGGCUGAUGCAGCUCAAAGAUGAGACCGGAAGGAGCGUCAGCCAACAUCCAGGUGUGUUUUGGUCUUCAGGUGGGAUCAAGUACGGCGGGCUACUUGAGUUUCACGCGUCUCUCGGUCACCUUCUGAAAUGAUGUCUCGUGGCGACGUGCGCUGCGCGCCAGCGUGCGUGUGAGUGGCUGACCGACAGUCUCCCUCUCGAGAGAGGCUGGUACAAGCAGCCCGGCUGUGAGGCAGCGACAGCGGGACCCCCAGAGCAGGCAGCACCCACCUUCUGUCCCAGCUCCGCACGCCCAGGCAGGAUGUCCGGGAAGCGCCGGGGAGUGCUGGUCCAGCUCAGCCCGAGUUCAUGACGCUCCGGGCCGCUUCGUCAUGCGUUUUUUGCCCGAACUCAGUGCCCAGUCCCUCCGGCUCAUCGUCUUCUUCAUCUUCGUGAUGGGGGUGGCUCCGUCUCCGGCUCUCACAGCCGGCUGCCCGGACAGAUGCGUGUGCGACGAGCAGCUGGUGGUCCAGUGCGCCGGGCAGGAUCUCACCCUGUUCCCCAUCGACCUGCCCCUGGCCACCCGGCAGCUCAUCAUCUCCAACAACCGCAUCGGGGACUUGCCGGCUCUGCAGCUCAACUACCUGUCCGACCUGGUCUACCUGGACUGUAGCAACAACUCAAUAACAGAAAUCUCCGAGUCCACUUUCGGAAACUUGCGGAAACUCGCCUACCUGGACAUGUCUUUUAACACCCUGCUGCAGAUCGAAGACCGGACUUUCGGGCCCCUGGCGUCUCUGGUGAUGCUCCGGCUGACGGAUAAUCCGAACUUGGGGGAGAUCCACCCGGACGCAUUUUCGGAGAACAUUGCUCUGCAGGUUCUUGAUGUGAGUCGGAACAACCUGACAAUCCUGAACAUCAGCAGCUUGAUUGCACUGCCCGUUCUGCGCUCUCUGGGCCUCAGUGGGAACCCCUGGAGGUGCGACUGUGACACUGAGGACCUCUGUCUCUGGGUGCAAAUUGAGGGAUACAAGUUCCAAGAUGAAGGCCAGACAGUUUGCUACAACCCCCCAGAGCUGGCGGGCCAGCGGUUGGCGGAGGUGGGCAUGCAGCUGCGGGCGGACUGCCACCAGGGCCUUGGCUAUUGGGACUACCUCUUCUUCAUCGCCAUUGGCUUUGUCAUCUUCUCGGCCGGGACAGUGUCAGCGUGGGUGAUGGGUGUGUUAAUGGUGUUGUACGAGCGCUACAGCAAGAGGAAGAGUGAGGAAGUGGACAGUGAUGAUGAGGACGACAGGGGAGGAGGAGGUGGAGGAGGGAACCAGGGGAACGGGGAUCUGAGCAAACCUGGCAUGCAGGUGUGACAGACUGAUGAAGAGACUGAAUCAGGAGUGAUGAGAGGAGUUCAAAUGCACCUGUUGAUGGACUGAGACCUGCCUGUCUCUCCUUGUUACAGAUUUUAAUAUGACAAUAUGCUCUUACACAUGAGUGUGUGUGUGUGUGUGUGUGUGUGUGUGUGUGUGUGUGUGUGUGUGUGUGUGUGUGUGUGUGUGUGUGUGUGUGUGUGUGUGUGUGUGUGUGUGUGUGUGUGUGUGUGUGUGUGUGUGUGUGAGAGAGAGAGAGAGAGAGAGAGAGAGAGAGAGAGAGAGAGAGAGAGAGAGAGAGAGAGAGAGAGAGAGAGAGAGAGAGAGAGAGAGACUGCAAUAAGGAUGCCUUCCUGUCAGAGAAAAACAGAAUGACCUCUGAGAAUAUUGAGAGCAAUAACAUUCACAUAGAGUGUGUUCCUGCAUACAAUGUAAAGUGCUCUUGAGGAACACCUUAUAAAUAUUUAUUACAACAUGACAUGAAGUGUGCAUGGCAAAUUCAACAAACACACACACGCAAAACGUUCAUGAAAUGUAGAUCAAAUGUUUUGGCGGGACACUGAUGCCUUAUCUCUGCAACAGCUAAGAGAAAAAAAUGGGUUCAUUUCUUUAUUUUAAAAUGUCUUUUUUCUGGAUGAUAUAAGGCAGCCCACUUCUCACUAAAACCAGUAUCUCACUGCGCCGCUCUCAACAGAUUUGCAUGGGGGGGGGGUGUCAAAAUGUUUCCAAACAUGCAGGAAGCUUUCUGAUUUUCUUUUGUGGUUUGCAGAGAAAAACAUUUUUCUCUCAAAGUACUCAAAUAGUUAGAAAAUAUCAGGAACGUAGUCGGUUUAGUUUCUGUGAGGCAGAAAUUGAAAAAAGAUGUAACUACUUUACAAGAAGAUGGUGACAAAAUUUGUGACUGGAGACAAGUAAAGAGAAUUUGACAUUUCAGGCUUGAGCCAGACUUGUCUCAGACUUAUCUCAGACUUGUCUCACACUUAUCUCAGACUUAUCUCAGACUUAUCUCAGACUUAUCUCAGACUUGUCUCAGACUUAUCUCAGACUUAUCUCAGACUUAUCUCAGACUUGUCUCAGACUUAUCUCAGACUUGUCUCAGACUUAUCUCAGACUUAUCUCAGACUUAUCUCAGACUUAUCUCAGACUUAUCUCAGACUUAUCUCAGACUUGUCUCAGACUUAUCUCAGACUUAUCUCAGACUUAUCUCAGACUUGUCUCAGACUUAUCUCAGACUUGUCUCAGACUUAUCUCAGACUUGUCUCAGACUUAUCUCAGACUUAUCUCAGACUUAUCUCAGACUUGUCUCAGACUUGUCUCACACUUAUCUCAGACUUAUCUCAGACUUAUCUCAGACUUAUCUCAGACUUGUCUCAGACUUAUCUCAGACUUGUCUCAGACUUAUCUCAGACUUGUCUCAGACUUAUCUCAGACUUAUCUCAGACUUAUCUCAGACUUGUCUCAGACUUGUCUCAGACUUCCAUGGGAAUCAUAAAAAACAGCAAAAGUUGUGACCAAAAUCAGACACAAUUAUGACACUUGAGUGAAUUGCUAUGAGAAACAGCAUGAUUGAUGCAGAGCUAAUGCAGUUUUUUAGCAGUUUUAUCAAAAGUGUCAUGAGAGCAAAUUCACUGAGAUUCCAAGAGAAAAUGUGCAAACUUUGCUUCAGAUUUGGGUCUCUAACUAGUUGCUAACAGUCAACGGCCCAAUCAGAUGCUGGCGUUAAAAACAGAGUCUGUCCACAGAGGUGCAUUCUAGAGUACUCGUGCUAGACAAAUCCAGAAUUAUGUGAAUGUACAACAAGUGAAAAAAAUUAUUCACAACAUACUGAAACUGAACAACAUCAGUAGUUCUGAGAGUUUAGGUGAAAAAGCACCUUGUGGAGUUUUCUACCAGUUUUUGCUGCUGAAUUUUGUUGUUUUGUUAGGUCAGAUUGUUGGCCAUUAGCUAAAAGAUUAAACUCACUAAGUAACUCAAAGUGUGCUGUUUUAAACAUUUAAUCAUAUCCUAAUGAUUCAGGUGUGUGUGUGUGUG